UCAGCACUACUCCCCAUCCCGAGGCUGGGCUCUGCCAACGGAGCGAAGCAUCCGGAUUCACGAAACUAAAAGCCUGAUCGUUCGACUGAGCUCUGGGAAGCGAACGAUCAGCGCUCUGAUGGUGCAGGGGGUGGGGGUUUGGGCAGAGAGAGAGAUGGACCUCCUCUGGAACAGUCCCUGUGAACCAGCUGCCGCCUCUCUCCGAAGGAUUUCGUGCAGAUUGGUCGGCUCCUGCUCUGCGCUCUGAGAGAGGCGAAGGUUUCCCCUCCUGUCCCUACAGAGUGGGCAGUGACGGCGACACUGUCCCGAGGAGCUAUUCUGGCCACAGGUCGCAGCUGCGGGCACCGGGACCCCCUCUCCCUCCUCGCCGCUACCUGGCGGCACCUUCCCGAAGUGAGAAGCGAGACGCCGCCUUCCCUCCAGGCGGGGCACACGGAGGGCUGCUUCACUAUGACUUCCCCGUCCUCCCACGGGCAGCUGCCGCGGACACUCCUGCUCCCGUUCACGUCACCCUUCGCUACCGAAAGGGGAGCUCGUCGGUUCGUCCGCGUUGGUGGAAAAGCGUCGGUCAGGUCUUGAGGGAGUGCGAGGAGAAUGAAGAGGAAGUUUCCCAGAUGGAAGGAUGAACUGGCGGCUUGUUGAUCUCGUCUCUUUGCUGUUCCUAUGGGACCGGCUGGCUCUUACUCUCCAUUGCUGGGCUUUCUUGGUUAUCUCUUCCCAUCACCCACACCAACAUGUCACCAGCCCUCUCGACUGGCUCCUCUCGGACAAGGGGCCCUUCCAUCGGGCCCGGGAUUAUUCCAAUUUCCUGGAUAGAUACCGCCAGGGAUUUACUACCAGAUACAAGAUCUACAGAGAGUUUGGUCGAUGGAAGGUGAAUAAUUUAGCAGUGGAAAGAAGAGACUUUUUGGGCUCGGACUUGCCUUUAGCCCCAGAGUUUAUCAGAAAUAUCCGCUUGUUAGGACGGAGACCAAGUCCGCAACAGAUAAUCGAUAACUUGAUCAAGAAGUAUGGCACGCACUUCUUACUAUCUGGAACACUUGGAGGGGAAGAAUCACUGACAAUAUUUGUGGACAAACAGAAGUUAAAUAAGAACUCUGAUCUCAAUAACAAUUCUGCUAUCAAUUUGGAUACUCUGCAUCAGUUGGCUGCCUCCUAUUUCAUUGACCGGGAGACGACAUUACGGAAGCUACAUGAAAUCCAGAUUGCAUCAUCAGCAAUAAAGGUAACCGAAACCAGAACAGGACCUCUUGGAUGCAGUAACUACGACAACCUGGACUCUGUUAGUUCAGUUCUGGUGCAAAGUCCCGAGAACAAAAUCCACUUACAAGGCCUACAAGCGAUAUUGCCAGAACACCUACGGGAACGGUUUGUUCAGGCAGCUCUGAGCUACAUUGCUUGUAACUCUGAGGGCAGCUUCAUCUGCAAGGACCAUGACUGCUGGUGUCAAUGCACAGCCAAAUAUCCAGAAUGCAAUUGCCCUUAUCUGGACAUCCAAGCCAUGGAGGACAACCUGCUGUGGAUAACAGACACUUGGACCAACCACAACAAUGAAUUUGAAGUGUCAGAUGAAUUCAAGAUUUUUCUGAAAAAACUGCCAACCGAGUAUUUCCUGAACACCUCCACCAUUCUUCAGCUAUGGACCAUGGACUUUAGUCUCCAACACCGCUGUGAGCAACUGGAAGCCAGUCUGAAGGUGCUCUUCACUAAGGCACAGAAGACAGUUCGAAAGCUCUUCAGCCUAAGUAAGCGCUGCCAGAAACAACCGAAAUUCGUCCUCCCCAGAGAAAGGGCCAAGACCUUCUGGCUUAACCGGGUCCAGUCGUUCCUCUACUGCACCGACAAUGGCCUGGCUGGGAUAUUCUCAGAGGAGACUCGGAGCUGCACCUGCCCCUACGACCAGGUGAGCUGCCAGAAGGCCAUCCCGUGCGCAGUGGGAGAGGGGAUGUCGUGCGUGGUGUGCGCCACUGACAACCGGACUCGCUGCGGCGGCUGCAACGAGGGCUACAUGCUGUCCCACGGCGUCUGCCGGCCAGAGGUAGCUGACCCCACCGAGCAAUACAUCGGCUUCGAGACCGAGCAGGACCUGCGGGACAUGGAGAUCAAGUACCUGCUGCAGAAACGCGACAGCAAGAUCAUUGUGCCGGCCAUCUUCAUCAGCAACGACAUGCGCCUCAACACUUGGUUCGAUCCCUCAUGGAGGAAGCGCAUGCUGCUCACGUUGAAGAGCAACAAGUACAAGACCAACUUUGUCCAUAUGAUCUUGGGCAUGACCAUCCAAAUCUGUUUGACUAAGAAUAGCACCUUGGAGCCAGUGCUGGCCAUCUAUGUGAAUCCAUUUGGAGGUAGCCACUCCGAGAGCUGGUUCAUGCCCGUAAAUGAAGACAGCUUCCCAGACUGGGAGAGGACUAAGGUGGAGGUGCCUCUUCAGUGUUACAACUGGACUCUGAUGCUGGGCAACAAGUGGAAGACCUUCUUCGAGACGGUCCACAUCUACCUGAGGAGCCGCAUCAAGUCCAGCGGCAAUGAGAGCCUGUACUAUGAGCCGUUGGAAUUCAUCGACCCCUCCAGGAACCUGGGCUACAUGAAGAUCAGCCACGCCCAGGUGUUUGGAUACAGCAUGCACUUCGACCCUGAUGCCAUCCGUGAUCUCAUCCUGCAGUUGGACUACCCGUACACCCAGGGCUCCCAGGACUCUGCCCUGCUGCAGCUGCUGGAGAUACGAGACCGAGUCAACCGCCUCUCCCCCUACGGCCACCAGCGCCUCGACCUCUUCACCUGCCUCCUCCGCCAUCGUCUCAAGCUGACCACCAGCGAGGUGGUCAGAAUCCAAGCAUCCCUCCAGUCUUUCAACGCCAAACUCAUGAACUCCAUGGAAAAUGAAACCACCAAAUUAUGCAGUUAACAACCCACCCGCCCAUCCCCCUCCACCGCCUACCAGGGGUGAAGAUUUCUUCGAUGUUCUUUUGUGUACAAUUUGUUUGAUUUAACCAUGGAUUACCCCAAGCCGCAACCUGCCGGCUUUUAUUCUCUACGCUAGUGUUGGUGAACAAAACCAAAUUACAGGAAUGAACUAAUGACCAGAAGCCCUUUGACUAACCAGUCUCUUCAGCCUAUGCCUGAAUUUCCAACCAUUAUAAACAUCCUACCUUGUUUCCAAGACUCUGGUUAAGCAAGCGGAAAAUAUUGCACCGUGCUCCCUCCCAGAUGGGAACUGAAGACACAUAGCGGUAGCCAGGAUGAGGAGUAAUGUAUUGCACCCGUUAUAUUUUUUAACAAUGUGGUGCACAGCAGUAAUACUAUCCGUACCGAUAAUCUUGACCUAUGUUCCUGCAACAAGCGACAGUGCAGUAACAAAAUGGUAUGAGCUGAUGCAUUCUGUUUUUCAUUGUAUCAUUAUUUUAUUAAUAAUCGGUGUUGAAGCACUAAUGUUUUUCAAUGGUAUUAUUUUUACUGUACAUGGAAGCCUUGCGUACUGUGGUUGCUCAGUAAUGUUUCCUUUUUCUAGGUGAGACCAGUCGUGAUGCAAAGUGCUCUAGAGUCGAACACAAAGACGCCAUUUUAUUUUUGUCCUUUUACUUCGAGCAGGGUGAGGGGCGGAGAAGAGGGUGGGGUGCAGCUGGGAGGGGCCAUGGUGUGUGUAGAUCAGCCUGGGCCAUUUGUCUACUGGACAACUGUGGACAAUUUUGACUAAACUCUGCAAAAUAACCACUCCCUACUCUGCAAAUGCUCCCAUUGGGGUGUGCAUACAGGGCAGAAUUACAGAAAGUGAGAUUAGUAGAAUAAUAUGUUAAAAUGUGCAAAGUGUGGCAUCUUUAGGAAUCAAUCGAAUGCAAAUUGCAAUUUUCCAGGCUGAGUAGGGUUAGGGAUGGUGCAUUGCCAAAGGUUACUGGGGACAUCAACUGCCCAUUGAAUCGGGCAUCGCAGAAGGAACCCAAACAGCCCAUCAUCCUAAAAAAGGCACUAAUAGGUCAGAUAGCAACUUGAGAACAUGUAUAGGUGACGUUUCGGGUCGGAACCCUUCUUUAGAUGCUUGAGUCUGAAGAAGAGUCCUGACCCAUGUUCUCCAGAGAUGCUGCCCGAUCUGUUGAGUUGCUCCAACAAUUUAUGUCCUUUUUUGUAAACCAGCAUCUGCCGUUCCUUGUUUCUACCUAUCAUCCCUGUUCUAACUCUUUGCAAGACCUAAUUAGUCCCGAUCCUUUCGCUAACACUGCAAAAUUUUCAUGUCAUAUUUUUAUCCAAUUCCCUUUUGAGAUCAUAACAGCCACACAGCAUUAAUGAAAAUGUUUCAAAUCAAACAGUUUAGUUUAGAGAUACAGCGCAGAAACAGGCUCUUCGGCCCAGCGAGUCUGCACCGACCAGCGAUCCUAACACUCCCCCCCCCUACACACACU